AUGACCCCCUACCUGCCUUUAAGACUUUUUGAUUUUCAACUGCUCGUCGCACCCAAAUCUAUCGCAUCAUGGGUCAGUCCGCGUAACCCCGCCAUCCCAUCCCACGAUCCUCGGAGCACCAUAAAGCCGCAGCCGCGCUCCCCCAUCCUCGAUUUCGGCAGCGCCAGUAUAAAUGAUCAUAAGAUGCAGUUUCUUUCAGUCUCGCCCGAGUGCAUCAGUGUCUUUAAUGACCUGAAGCUCGCUAAAAAAAUCAAGUUCAUCAUCUUCAAGCUUUCCGACGACUACAAACAAAUCGAGGUGGAGGAGUCGAGCGAGGACGGCGACUGGGAUACCUUCCGCGAGAAGCUCGUCAAUGCCCAGAGCAAGAGCAAGACCGGAAAGGUCGGCAAGGGCCCAAGAUACGCUGUUUAUGACUUCAACUACGACCUGUCGUCUGGCGAGGGAACAAGAAGCAAGAUCACCUUCAUCGCAUGGUCUCCCGAUGAUGCCGGAAUUCAGCCAAAGAUGAUUUACGCCUCUUCCAAGGACGCUCUUAAGCGCUCGCUGAAUGGCAUUGCGACCGAGUUCCAAGCAAACGACGAAGACGACAUCGAGUAUCAGUCCGUCCUCAACAAGGUCAGCAAAGGCUUGGCAUAG